CGGCCGAGGCGCGCCCCUGGCGGCCGUUGAAAAAUGGCGACUGUCGCCGAGCUGAAGGCUGUUUUAAAGGACACCUUGGAAAAAAGAGGCGUAUUAGGGCAUUUAAAAGCAAGGAUUCGGGCUGAAGUUUUCAAUGCCCUAGAUGAUGAAAGUGAACCCCGACCAUCAUUGUCUCAUGAAAACCUUCUAAUUAAUGAAUUAAUUCGGGAGUAUUUGGAAUUCAACAAAUAUAAAUAUACAGCAUCUGUCCUUAUAGCAGAAUCUGGUCAACCUGUAGUUCCAUUGGACAGACAGUUUCUGAUCCGUGAACUCAACGCAUUUGAAGAAUCAAAGGAUAAUACAAUACCUCUUUUAUAUGGGAUUUUAGCUCAUUUCUUGCAUGGAACUAAGGAUGACAUCCAAAAGGCAUUUCUGAAAGGGUCUUCACUUCAGCCUCCAAACCCAAAUCAUGGCAGACAACCUAGCGGAAGAAAGCAAAUGGAGGAGCGCCUGCCUUGCCCACAGAAGGAGCAGAGGAGGAGCCCCAAUGCAGAAGACGUGCGCCUUCCUGCAGCCAAGAGAUGACAUAUCCAUCCGGGGCAUCUUUUAUCUUUAACUUGUAUGUAUUAAAUAACUUAUUUAUUCUCCCAGUGUCACCAGAAUUCAUCACUAGUCUUUGUACUUUGUAGAAAUGUGAGUUUCUGCAAAACCUUUAGCCCCUCUUGUUUUACCAUGUCUGUGAAUAAAAGCUGACUCUGUCAUCUA